AUGUUCUCUAAGAUCGCUCUUCUCACCGCUGCCGCUAUGUCUGUCUUCGUCGCUGCUUCCCCUGCUCCUGACGGUUCGGAGGGCGGUAUCCACAACUCGUGCAACACUGGUCCGGUCCAAUGCUGCAACUCUCUCUACGAGAACGAGAGUGAACAAGCCAAUCUUCUCAUCUCUCUCGUGGGCGCAGUUGUAGGCCCCAUAGGAACACAGGUCGGCGCGAACUGCAGUCCUCUCUCCGUCAUCGGAGUUGGUAGCGGUGCCUCAUGCAACACCCAACCCGUCUGCUGCAGCAACAAUAAAUUCAACGGUCUUGUUGCCAUCGGUUGCUCGCCAAUCAACGUGAACCUUUGA